ACAAUGCACCGCGCUACAGCCACGUAAACGUACGGAAUCAUCACAGCUGUGUGUGAUGAGCUAACUACCUGUGCUCUGUGCACAGAUUGAUACCCGCAUGUUACACAUGUUCACAUGAUGCUACACUCGUUUGGGCUGCAGUGAGAUUGCCAGAGCUGUAAGAUGUCGAUGGUGUUGUUCGCCUCUGUGGUCCGGGUCGGAGAUGGCCUGCCUCUGUCUGCAUCCACUGAUUAUGAGCAGGACAGAGAGCUUCAGGAAACCAAGAGGCACCUCAAGGGUCUCUCCAAGAAACUCGGACAGUUUCCCGACCGCUGCACACUGAAGACUGGACCGUACAAUGUCAACUUUACGAGCGCUCUGGGUGUUGGAUACCUGAUGGUGUGCACCGCAAACUACCCCAAUGUCCUGGCUUUCUGCUUCCUGGAUGAGCUGCAGAAGGAGUUUAUCAUCACCUAUGACCCCAAACGCAUCAGCAGCGCCGUGCGGCCGUACUCCUUUAUUGAAUUUGACACCUUCAUCCAGAAGACCAAACAGCGCUACAACAGCCCACGUUCCCUGUCCACAAAGAUCAACCUGGCUGACAUGCAGACAGAGAUCAAGCUGCGACCGCCCUACCAGCUCUCCCCUGAGGACCUGCGGGCUAUCAAUGGAUUCUCAGUGCACACGCCCUCUAAAUACAAAGGCAUUGCUCCCACACAGAUGUUGGAGCCAGUGACUCUCUCAGGCAUCGUGUCCUGUGUGCUCAGUAUCCUCUGUGGAGGCCUCAACCUGCUGCGAGGAGUCCACGCUAUAGAGAGCAUACUGCAGAAUGAUGAUGAAGACUUUAAUUAUGUGAUUGCCUUCUUCCUCGGCACAGCGGCCUGUCUGUAUCAGUGCUACCUGUUUGCCUACUUCUCUGUGUGGAGGAACAGUAAGUCUUUCCUGGCGUUUGCACUCAUCUGUCUGUCCAACAUGUAUCUGUAUGAACUGAGGAACAUGUGGCAGAUCCUCUUCCAUGUGGCGGUGGGGGCCUUCAUGACCCUGCAGAUCAGACUGAGGCAGCCGCUGGGCAAAGCGCCAGACUACAAUGUCUGACAGAGACCUUAAACACAAAGAACAAAAGGGCCUACAUUCACACGGUCCCCCACACGUCCUGGAAAUACAGCGACAGAGACAACACUGAGGACAAAGUGGAAACAAGCAAAACUGUCCUCCUGCUUCAGGAAGAGAAACCAAAACAUGGUGCUGUUGGCUUCAUCCAGCAGCCGUGGACACGUCUCAGUGUGGGAACUCUGCCACAGCCUCAACCAUUCAUGGACUUUACUGGAUUCAUUUGGAACGUUGGCAUCGAUCCACCAUUGUCUGAUAAAAUGUUUGCUUUACUUCCUGUCAGUGCAGCCGUAGUUCAGGUCAGAGUCCUGCAUAUGUCUGGUUUUACUAACCCAUGUUCUCCCUGCUCCUGCACAGCUGAGAAUCUGUUACAUACAGCAUGUAUCCAGGCUGCACACUCAGGCUACAUCCUCGCUAAUAGAGUUUAAAACAAAUAACUUCUGUUGCGUUUAGGCCUGGUGUCCACUGGGGGCAGUAAUCUCCAGGCACCUCAGGAUUCAAUCAUGUUUGAUUUCUAUACAUAAUUAAUUUUUCUCACUGUGUGACUACUUGCUGCUUUUAAAACAUAUCAUACUUUAUCUGUAGUGAUCCAUAAUGAAAUUAACAGAUGAAUUUACUUGCAGACAGUGUGACAGCCAAGAUGUUUCCACUCCUGAGCUUUAAACCAGUCAGAUUGUUUCCAUCUGCUGUUACACAAACUAAACUUGAGUGGGAUAUUUAUAUCAGCUUAGUGUCCAGUGAAUACAUCCUGUAAUGUUCACUGGAAAUAGUGUGAAGUUACUACGUACUGUUGAACAGUAAAUGGUUUGUAGCCUUUUUAUUUUAACACGUAAACUGCAUUAAUUAAUUAAUUUGAACGCACCUUACAGUCUGCCUGUACGUGAAUAACAAAAUGACGGGGAGGGGGAGUGAUCCACUGUUCUGUUAACAUUAUGUCUUCAUCAGUGGGAGGAGCCUCUCUGCUGAAUGUUCCCUCUGGGAGGAGCCAAGACGCUGAGCGCACCAGGUGCAGGGUUUCUGAGGUGAAACAGACUGAGCAGAGUUAUUGUGGUUGAAGUUGGUUAAUGCUGCAGUGAGUGUUGGUCAGUCGGUCUCGCUUGUUUCUGUUACUGCUGAUCGUUUCUCCGUUCCAUUAACGUUCGUCUCUGGGUGAUGGCGUAGAAAAUACUCACAAAACACUUCAUGUUCACCUUGCAGAUGUAUUUAGACAUUAAAACAAGCUUGACACUGCUGCCGUCUGUGAGGAUGAAUCACAGGUUAACUCCAGCGUGUGCUGCACUGUAGACUGUGCGGGUGCUGCCCUGCUUUCGUGGUUGAUUUCUGCCUCUUUCAUUCCAUCAACAUUAAGUUAUUAAAAAACAUUAAGAUUAUUGAUUUUUGAAUUGAUGCUGAAUCGUCCACAUCGUGAUGCACCUGAGAAUUGAUUUUCCUCACCUAGUAUCCAAACUACUCUGGCGUAUUUGAACCUCUAAAUCUUUUGAAGACACUUCUGACCCCUGUUAAAGCAUGCAAAGCUGCGUCCUGCUAAACUAUGCCAUACUUAGUUUUUGGGGAGUUUCCCAGGCCUACAUACUUUCUGUGAUGUCAUCCUUCUUGUGUAUGUACUCCUCUCAUGCCACGGUUUCCUCCAUGGUUUCAUGUGCCGCCAUAUUUGCUUUGCAGUGACUCACAAUCAACAUUUCCCGCCGCCUUGACCACCGUAUGCUCAUAUUACUCUGUGACAGCAAACCAAGAGUAGACCGUCUGCUCCCCACCUGUGUGACUGGUCAUGUGAUGCACGUUGUUAGGGGUGUCAGUAGAGAUGGAGAUUAUCCCUGAAACGGUGCUCAAAAGCCUGUGUGUACGGAGAUUGACUUCAUUUUAAGAUGGCAUUCCAAAAUGAAAAUAUAUUGGUGUGGAUGUAGCCUCUGUUUGAAGUGCUUUAGUUUUACAAAUACACAACCUCCCAGUCUCACACCUUAAUGUGCAUGAGAUACAGUGUGUGCUGCCUUUAAGAAUUUGACCAGACUUUUCAUGAAAGCUUGUGAUGCUCGAGGUAGAGAGACACAUUUGUGGUUGGUCAUAUCCAGCACUUUUAUUUCCCUGAGCUCAGUCUACAGCCCAUGAAGGCUAAACACAUGUUAAACAGCGUACAGCUGUGUCUGUGUCAUGAAACACCAACACACGAUUUGCCAUCGACCCCAAACUUCAAAUCCAUAACCUGUUUGAAUAAUUCAGUCAGACAGCAUGUUUCAUACAUGUGAAACUAAGAUCAUAUAUUCUGAAACAAAGGUAGUUCAGGAAAAACAAACUGUUGCUGAUUCUCAAACUGAGCAGCACAUCUCCACAGCUUACAUGUUAACGUGUCUGUUAGCAACGCACCUGAUUGGAGCAGCUCUCAUAUUCCAGCUCGUGCAGACGACAGGCUUAAGACAUUAAAUUAGUAUUUUAUUUUUAUUUAUUUACCAUCAGAUGUUGGCAAUCUGACCCAAUGAUUCACCUUAUGUGUGGGUCACCUGCGAGGUCAUCGACCUGAUGCAGGGCUCUGAUUUACAUCACCACAUCCACCUAGUGCUGCGUGUGCUUCUGUCUGUCACAUGCACUUUUUGCACGUGCACAGGUGUGAACCUGACCUUGUGCAGGACUCUGGUUUCAGUCGUGGUUUUAAAACUAUGCAACGCUGCCUUGUGUUUGUGUUCGAAGCUCUCUUUUCAGUCUCUGGUGUUUUCAGCAGCAAAUGACUUUAUUUUGCAGAUAUUUGUAAUUUUAUAGAAGGUUAAUUUUGCUAUUUAUUUACUUAUUGUUCAAUGAAAAAUUAGAAAGAUUUUAUUACUUUAAUUUGUUUUAUGAUUUGUAUUUUAAAGGCCGACUGUUUGUGUCUCCAGGAGCAGUUGUGACAACUAGACGCCAGUCUGUUUGCAUUCAAAUCCUCCUUCCUCGCCCACACAGCCUCCAGCAUAUGCCAGUGUCAAGUGACUAUGUUAAUAAACAGGUCUGUGUUGGCAGCAGUAGAGAUGCGUAGCUGUGUUGUCAAGGCCAGAGGCAGCCCGUAUCGUCUGAGCAGCCUGUGGCGUGCUUUCCUUCCUGCGAGUCCCUGGGCUCAGACAUGGCUGCGUCUGCCACUGAAGGAGGCAGAGACUCGUCUCACCCUCUGCCUGUGUUUGGGAUAUUAGCUCAGUGUUCACAUUUAACAUGGUUUCAGUCAGGAGAUGUCACAUUCAUCAUUAUUAGGCAGUGUGAGAUCUGUUCAGAGAAUUAUGGGAAGAUUUCCUGGCUUCCUGCACUUUCCCAACAAUAACAGCAAACAACUGGAGCAUGGGACUGAGUCAUGCUUUUAUUGUUCAUUGUUCAUGAGGACUCAACAGUUGUGCCAGAACAUCUUUUAUUUUAAAUCUCUCUCUCACUGGAUGAAGUAAAAAGUGAAAAUAAAAGGCAGUAUAGCUGCACAGCUCCGCUCCACGUCCAUCUGGCAUCUGCACUACAGAUCUGUCGGGGGACCGCUGCAACACUUCAGCCUCGUUAUGAUUCAUCAUCGCGCUCUCCCAAUGUUCUGUUGCCUUCCAACAGCAGAACCACACCUACAUGACCUAAUGGCUCAUUUCACAAUAUGGCUGGGACCGGACUGGAUCUGAUCUGAGCUUCACUGGCUCAGAGUGUUUGUGUUCACAUCCUCCUCUUCCUCAGCACUUACAGUAAAUGUGGAGUGUGGGUGGGUUGUGUAAAACAGGAACAAUAAAAUCUAAGGCUUUUCUACUGGUUUAUCCAA